GUCAGUCGAUAAGUCGGACCCGAAAUGGCCGAAGAAACGCUGUCAGAGUUGGGAGUUCAAAUUCACCGGUUACGACGUGCCGUACGCUACGGUCGCCUCGGAUUUGGGAUGGGUAUAAUUAUACGCUAGAGGGUAUGCGACGACGAAUACCUGGUGAAUUUGUCGCAGAGUAUAUUUUUCGUCGGAUCGAUAUUCGGCGGGAUUCUGUUCGGUUGGAUGGCGGACAAAUACGGCAGAAUACCAGUUCUCGUGGCGACCAAUAUGUUCGGCUUUAUCGCCGGAAUGGCGACGAUUUUCACGAGAGCUUUCUGGUACUUCGGACUGUGCCGAUUUCUCGUCGGUUUCGCCUCCGACAACAAUUUUACCAUGAUGUACAUCCUCCUCCUCGAGUACGUCGGUCCUAAAUAUCGUACCUUGGUAGCGAACGUUUCGAUCGCGGUCUGCUUUCCACUGGCCUGUUGUUCGCUGCCUUGGCUCGCGUUUUACCUGGCCGAUUGGAAGACGUUCGCCGUCGCCACGUCGGCCCCGCUGGCCUUCGCAAUCGUUACGCCCCUCGUGGUACCGGAAAGCGUGAGGUGGCUGGUGUGUCAGGGAAGAAUCGACGAAGCCGUUGAAAUAAUGCGUAGAAUCGAGCGCGUCAACAAGGCGGACGUUCCCGAAUGGACGUAUUCGGAUUUCAAGGAAGACGCCAAGAAAUUGAAGGAUAUGAUGGUGGAGGAGGACGAGUGCGGGGUGUCCGAUCUUUUCAGAACGCCGCGUCUCAGGCGUUUCACGAUACUGCUGAUGGCGAUUUGGGGCAUAAUAGCCAUGGUGUUCGACGGUCACAUAAGAAAUCUCGGGGCACUCGGUCUGAACGUGUUCGUCACGUUCACCGUGUCGUCGCUGACGACCUUUCCGGCCGACAUUUUGGUUGCGUUGUACCUGGACUACUACGGUAGAAGGUGGUCCUCCUUCGCCUCCCUGUUUCUUUCCGGUCUCGCCUGUUUCCUGGCCAGUUUAACGAGCGGCGUUUACUUCGCGAGUCUCGGACUCAUCGGCAGAUUCCUCAUAAACGUGUCGUACAGCAUCGGGCUUCAAUACGCCGCCGAAUUACUGCCCACCGAAAUCCGGGCGAAGGGCGUGUCCCUGAUUCACAUAUUCGGGUACGCUACCGCCAUCGUAUCCCCCUUCAUAGCGUACACGAGAGUCCUGGAUCGAAGAUCGCCCAUAAUAAUACUCGGAAUACUUUCGACGAUCGGAGGAAUACUCUGCCUAUUUUUACCGGAAACUUUGAACAGGGAAUUGUCACAAUCUUUGCAGGAGGGCGAGGAUUUCGGCAAGGAUCAACGUUUCUUCGACAUGCCUUGCAUCGGCUCCAAGGAGUACGAUGACAAACCGAACAAGCACUAUCUUCACGCUCACAGGACUACGACGCGCGGUGAAGUUUUACGAAGCAGUAUAAUAUCCGGUGCGGUCGGCAGCAGAUACCGUUUGCAAUCCAUUUGGUCUCAGCAAACCGUCGACGCCGACGACCGAAUCAGUCGUGCAUCGGGGACGAGCGAUCGAAAAAUUUUUCACAGCAGCGAAACCUCGUCUCUGGCGUCGAACGGGACGAACGACCCCCGAGAUUGA